AUGAACACCGGCGGCAACUCGCUGCCGUCGCAGUCGUGCCCCGACGGCGCGAAGCGGCGCGUGUGCUACUACUAUGACCGCUGCAUCGCCGGCGUCGACUACGGCGAGGACCACGUCAUGGUGCCUCGCCGCGUCGACAUGGCGCACGCGCUCAUUCGCUCCUACGGCCUGCUCGGCGACAUGACCCGCCUCCGCACCAGGCCCGCCACCGACGCCGAGAUCUCCGGCUUCCACGGCGCCCGCUACGUCGGGCUCCUGCGGGACCUCACCCCGGAGGGCUUCGGCGCCGGCGGCGAGGUCGCGCGCCGGGCCAGGGGCUGCAACGUCGGCGCGGUCUCCACAUACGGCCGCUCCGUCGACAACCCCCCCGUCGCCGGCCUCUGGGACUACUGCCAGCGCUACGCCGGCGGGUCGCUGGCCGCGGCGCGCGCGCUCGCCAGCGGGGAGGCCGACGUCGCCAUCAACUGGUCCGGCGGCAUGCACCACGCGUGCCGGGACAAGGCCAGCGGCUUCUGCUACGUGAACGACAUCGUGCUCGCCAUCGAAGAGCUCCUCGGCCACUUCCGGCGCGUGCUGUACGUGGACAUCGACGUGCACCACGGCGACGGCGUCGAGACCGCCUUCGUCAGGUCCAACCGGGUGAUGACCGUGUCCUUCCACCAGUGCACCGAGGGCUUCUUCCCGGAGCAGAGGGGGCUCAUCGAGCACGUCGGCGAAGGGACCGGCCGGCUCCGCGCCGUGAACGUGCCGAUGAAGAAGGGCAUGGACGACGAUGGGUACCGCCGGCUGUUCGAGCCCAUCAUGACAAGGGUCGUGGCGGUGUUCCAGCCGGAGGCCAUCGUGAUGCAGUGUGGCGCUGACUCGCUCUCCGGCGAUAGGCUUGGCCACCAGAACCUGUCUAUCGCCGGCCACGCCCGGUGCGUCAGCUUCAUGCGGAGUUUCAGCACGCCGCUGCUGCUCCUCGGCGGCGGCGGGUACACCAUCAACCACGUCGCCGCCUGCUGGUGCUACGAGACGGCAGUCGCCAUCGGCAAGAACAUCGCUGACGACAUACCGCCACACUGCUACGACGGCUUGUAUAGGAGCCAGGGCUACAAGCUCUUUUACCCGGCAGACAAGAACAUGAAGAACGAUAACACGGACACGUACGUGACGCGCACGAGGAGUGAAGUACUGCAGAACCUCUCUGAGCUCGAGGCCGCGCCGAGUGUCGAGUUCAAGGAGCCGGCGGGUGGGAGCAUCGACGCCGAGGCGCUCUUCGACAGACGGCUCUCGCGGGAGGAGUACGACCCUAUGCAGAGGUUGCACCGACGGUGCGGUGAGAUGGAGGAGCGCGGCUUCUUUAUAGAAGUAGGAAAGCGGCAGCUCGAUCUGACCAAGUACUGA